AUGACAGACCGCAAUGACCCAGUGGUGGAGCUUCGUGCACGUGCUGUAGUUUCUGAGACGCCGACGCGUAUACGCUUCAUCGCUGCCCGGUGGGGCAGCCAGGUGUCCUUCAGGUGCAUUUCCAGCUCUCCAGCAAAUUGGUACAAAGAGACAGAGAAGGGCAAGCAUCAGGAGAUGGUGAACACUUCCAGAGUCCAGGUGUUGAGGAACGAAUCGAUGGUCCUGAUGCACAUCCGAAAAAUCCAGCUCACCGACAAUGGCAUCUACUUCUGUGAGAACAACAAGACACAAAAUAGUCGGCAGCAGUGCUGCGGCACUGAAUUGCGAGUCAUGGGUAUCAGCACAUUUCAGCAAGUGCAGAGUCGAAACACCCUGAAAGAUGCCAUCAUCGUGAUCCAGUCCCUUCUUAUUGUCCUGUUUGUGAGUGUCCCUGUGUUUCUAACUAUGGGGAAGGGUGAUGGCAAGGAUGCACCGGCUGAGGACCACACUUACGAGGGGUUGAUGGUUGAACUAGCUGAUACAUAUGAAGACAUUUGUACUUACCAGGACAGAGUAACGGACAAGUGGAAUCUGGGAGAGAGUCCAGGCGAGGAGUGAAAAGUUUUGCAGCAU